AUGACCAACACGGGAGACUCCGGCCAUCAUGUACAACUUCAAGAAGCAGUCUUCAUUACCCCUUCGGACCCAACUCCCUCUCAUGUUCUUAACCUCUCUGCUAUCGAUUCCCAGCUUUUUCUACGGUUUACAAUCGAAUACUUACUCAUCUACCAUCCUCCUCGCCAGCAUAGGGCGGGUAACCGGAGUGCCAUCACCGCCCUUGUUAAAGACGCCCUAGCUCGAGCCCUUGUUCCAUACUAUCCUUUGGCAGGGCGAGUCAGGACUCGAUCAGAUGGCUCUUGUCUUGAAGUGGUUUGUCGAGGUCAAGGCGCAGUGUUCGUUGAGUCCACUGGUGAGUUUUCGCUCUCCGAUUUCGAGAAGGCUCCUCGGUAUGUGACGGAGUGGCGAAAGCUUUUGGCGUUGGAGGUGACGGACGUUCUCGAGGGAGCUCCGCCGUUGGUUGUACAGUUAACGUGGCUUGCAGACGACUCAGCGGCUCUCGCUAUCGGUUUUAGCCACUGUAUAUGCGACGGGAUUGGCAGCGUUGAGUUUUUAAACCACUUCGCCAGAUUAGCCAACUGCCACCGGUACGGCGCGGCGGAGGAGUUUAAACCCAAACCCAUUUGGGAAAGACAUCUUCUUGAUCCAACCCCGUAUAGACUAAAAACGAAUCACCACCCCGAGUUCAUCCCAGUCCAUGACCAUUGCAAGUUCUUGACUCGGUUCAACCAAGAUCAACUCACUCCCACCUCCACCACAUUUCACGAUUGGAGAAUAAACGAGCUAAAGACACUCGCGGCCUCCACGAGUCAACUCAGUAAACCAUCGCUCACAUCGUUCGAAGUCGUUUCUGCUCACAUCUGGAGAAGCUGGGCUCGAGCAUUAAGUUUCCCACCUAGACAAACCCUAAAACUAUUAUUUAGCAUCAACAUUCGUAACCGAGUCAAACCGAGUCUACCGAGUGAGUACUACGGCAAUGCUAUAGUCCUCGGUUGUGCUCAAACGACAGCAAAGGAAUUAACAGAGAGUGGAUUAGGUUACGCCACCGAGUUAAUAAGGGAAGCAAAGAACAGGGUGGAUGAUGGGUUCGUUAGAGAAGUGGUUGAAUCAGUGAGUUUAACUCGGGGGAGUCAAGUACCUGACUCGGUGGGUGUACUCAUUUUGUCGCAAUGGUCAAAGGUAGGGUUGGAAAGUUUUGACUUUGGGCUUGGGAGGCCUGUUCAGGUGUCACCAGUAUGUGCAGAUAAGUACUGCAUCCUCCUGCCAAUACCCGAUCAGAGCCGUUCAGUGAAAUCCAUGUUGGCUCUGCCGUCCAUAUCAGUUGGCAAGUACGAGCAUCUGAUCAGAGCUGUUGAAUAA